GUGAUCAGUCGAGUUAGUCACGUUGUUUGUCAACAUCUAUUAUGCUGUUGGCUCUCGUCAGUCGUCAAUUUAAAUUCGACGAAAGCACAAGUAAAAGGUACGCCGAAAUAUCAUAAGACGCGACUGCGCCGCCACUCCUAAUCCCGGCAGUUCGUGUGCUGGAGUGACUGAGCAGGGUUUAGCCGAUCGAUCGAUCAUCGUCCCCCGGAAACGCCGUCAUCAUCAUGCAGGACUCACGGUCCACGAAUAUCCAUUACACCUCCCACACGUCAAACUAUUCGUUCACGUUGUUCAAGGAAUUGACCGCUUCCGCCGAGGGCAAUGUGUUUGUCUCAACGUACAGCGUGCAAUUUCUGUUGUUGCUGCUGGCGUUCGGUUCCAAGUCAAAGACCGGCGAUCAACUCAAAACGCUGCUGCGUUUGCCGCAAAAGAGUGCACCGAAUUACGACAAUAUCAAGGCGGUCAUAACAAACAUUGAAGACCCUAAUUAUUUAACCAUUGCCAAUGGAGUUUUCUCGGAUAAGGCGUUCGUUUUAAGAGACGAUUAUGUGGAUAAAGCUCGUGUCUAUAUGAAUGCUGAAGUGAAGAGUCUCGAUUUUGCCGGUAAUUCUGCAAACGGAGUUUCGGAAAUCAAUAAUUGGGCCGAACAAAAAACCGAUGGAAAAAUUUCCAAUAUUUUUGAACCAGGUACCAUUGACCGAGACACGGUAUUGGUUUUGGCGUCGGCUGUACAUUUUCAAAACGUGUGGAAAAACCAAUUUACGGAUACGAAGAACGCGAGUUUCUGCCUUACACCUACAAAACACAUCGAUAUUGAAAUGAUGCACCAAACAGGCCAUUUCAAGUACUACAAAGACGAGAGUUACAAGUUCUCCGCCGUCGAGCUGCCAUACAAAGCUGGCGGUUUUGAGAUGCUGAUUAUAUUGCCGGACAGAGCUGACGGGUUGAAAGAUUUGGAAAGCGCGUUCUUGAAGAACUCCAAAAACUUCGCUUACUUGCAAGGCAACCUGACCGUCCACGAUGUCACAUUGGAUCUACCAAAGUUUAAGUUCGAAUCAUCUGUUAGUCUAGUGAAAACAGUGGAAAAAUUGGGCUGUACCGAGAUGUUCACGUCGAGUGCCGAUUUCUCUUAUAUUAGUACAUCUGGAGCGGGUAAGCUGAAAGUUAGUGACAUCAAACAUAAGGCUUUUGUGAGCAUCGACGAAAAUGGCACUGAAGCCACAGGCGUCACUGGCGUAGACGUCGUAAAUUACAAUUUGGAAUACUUUCCGAGCGACAUCAAGGCAGUUAAGUUCCACGCGUGCCAUCCGUUCAUGUUCAUUAUAAAAAAAAACACAAAUAUUAUUUUUAUGGGUCGAUUGUCCAAUCCGAACGCUUACCACGCCAUGGGGACCAUACCGAACAUCCACUACACAACACUGACGUCAAACUAUUCGUUCACAUUGUUCAAGGAACUCAGCAGUUCCGUCGAAGGCAAUGUUUUCGCGUCCACGUACAGCAUACAAUUUAUGUUGCUGCUUCUGGCUUUUGGAUCAAAAUCUAAGACUAACGAACAGCUCAAAAGUGUUUUAUAUCUCAAAGACAAACCACCAAAUUAUGAAAAUAUCAAAACGAUCAUCACAAGGCUUGAAAUCCCUGGUUAUUUGACCGUUGCCAAUGGAAUUUUCUCGGAUAAAGCAUUCAGUCUAAAUAAAACUUACGUGAAAAAUACUCAAAACUACUUGAAUUCUGAAGUGAGAACUGUCGAUUUUUCUGGUAAUCCCACAUCCGGGGAGUUAGAGAUAAAUAAAUGGGUUAAUAACAAAACCAAUGGGAAAAUUUCUGAAAUUUUCAAUCCAGGUGACAUUAGCAAGGACACAUUGUUAGUUUUGGCGUCGGCCGUACACUUUAAGAACGUUUGGAAAAAACCGUUUACAGAGACGAAGAAAGCGAGCUUUUGCCUCUCAUCUGCGAACCACAUUGAUAUUCAAAUGUUGCAUCAAACUGGCCAAUUCAAAUACCACAAAGAUAAUUAUUACAAGUUCUCGGCCGUUGAAAUACCGUAUAAAGUUGGCGGUUAUGAUAUGCUGAUCAUAUUGCCUGAUAAAAUGGACGCAGUUAAAGAUUUAGAAAAGGUGUUCCUCAAGAAUGUUAAAAACUACGUGUACUUGCUGGGCAACAUGACCAUCCACAACGUCGAGUUGGACAUACCAAAGUUUAAGUUUGAAUCUGAUUUGAAUCUUAGAAAUACUAUGGAAAAAUUGGGUUGCACUGACAUGUUUUCGCCGCGUGCAGAUUUCUCCGACCUCAGCGAAUCAGCUUCUGGUAAGUUGAGGGUUAGCAGCAUGAAACACAAGUCUUUUGUGGACGUCAACGAAGAAGGCACGGAAGCUGCUGCAGUCACCGGUACCAACAUCGAUAACUACAAUACGGAAUACGUUUUUAGCGAUGUCAAGAACGUAAAGUUCUAUGCGUGUCACCCUUUUUUGUUCAUCAUCAAGAAAGAAAGAGAUAUCAUUUUCAUGGGUAGACUAUCCAACCCGAACGCGUAGAGCGCAAUAUUAAUAUCACAAUGCUGCAGUGAUAUUAUGUAUAAUAAUGAGAGACUUGUAUACCUAGAAAUAAGAUUUCUAUGAUUGCUAUUAUAUCGUUAGUUAUAAUAA